AUGUAAACUCUAGUGGGUACCAAAAAAGGAUAAAUUUAUCAUCUUGAAAUCAAUCGACCCAAACAAUUGAAUGCCAUGUCUGGUCAACUCUUUCAAGAUUUCAAGGCUGCUGUCGAUAUCAUCAAUUAAACUGACGAUGUUCGAGUUGUGGUGUUGACUGGAAGAGGAAAGCACUUCUGUGCCGGUCUCGAUCUCAAAGAAGCUCCACAAAUGUUCCAAUUUCCAGACGAGUUGGAUUAAGCAAGAAGAUCAAUUAGAAUCUAUGAUCUCAUUAAGGAUUGGCAAUUUGCAAUGACUUCCUUAUCCAGAAUCAGAGUACCAGUAAUCGUGGGCAUUCAAGGAUAUUGUUUGGGGGGUGGCAUUGACCUUAUUACCUCUGCCGAUAUCAGAUAUUGUUCGGAAGAUGCAAAUUUCUCAAUCAAAGAAAUUGAUAUUGGAAUGGCUGCUGAUAUAGGAACUCUGUAAAGAUUGGGCGUAUAGAAUGCUAAUACAUCCCUCUUCAGAGAAUUAGCAUACACAGGCAGAAUUUUUAAUGCUCAAGAAGCUUUACAAUUGGGUUUAGUUAGCAAAGUAGUUAAGAGUGAUUAGUUAAAUGAUGAAAUCUUCAAGCUUGCUGAGACCAUUGCUUCCAAAUCUCCAGUAGGAUGCUACACAAUUAAAAGCAUUGUGACUAGGGAAUAAAAUCUAGAUUCGCACUUAGAUGUCAUGGCCAGAACUAAUAUGGCCAUGCUAUUCACAAAUGAUAUGGCUACUGCUAUUACAGCUUCAAUGACAAAAGGGAAGGCUGAAUUCCCAAAAUUAUGAGUAACAAAUAUUAAGUUCAACAAAAACAAUAUAUACAUAGUUUAAU